AUGCAGAAGAAACACAUCUUCAACAUCUUGAAGCACUGCCCCAAUCUCAAAACUCUAGAGCUGCUGGACUGCCGUGCCUUGACGUUGAGCGGUUGGCCACGCGAUGGGGUGGCGCUGCGCGAAGUGUACCUCAACGGGUGCAAUUUUGUCACCAACCAAGCAGCUAGCUCGUUGGUCAAAGUUUGUGGGAAUACGCUGGAAAAGAUCAUUCUGACCGAAGCAACGAGUCUGGAUUCACAAAUUCUUAGAGACCUCGCUAGGCAUGCUGGGAAGCUAGAGGAAAUGACAUUAAGCAUACGGCUCCGCGAUCUCCAGGUCUUGACAGAAGCUCUGUGGGGCUCCUUGCGCUGGUUGGACCUGUCAUCCUGCCGCGGUAUCUCCUCGUUUCCGAAUGCUACAAGUUUGCCUCAGCUUCAAGUACUUAUUUUGGACAGGACGAAAAUUAACGACGAUGGCUUGCGACGGAUAUCUCAAGUCGCUCCGUCACUUCGUUACCUUUCCCUGCAGGACUGUCGUGCUAUUUCCGAUGAUGGAGUCACUGCUCUUGCAACGUCCGACGUGUCAGAAGGAUGUUCAAGUUUGGAGCUUGUCGACCUGAAGGGCACACCUGUGACAGAUACAAGUCUACGUGUACUUGAAGCUCAAUGCCGUCGUCUUUGCUUAGUGCGUGUGGACUCAUGUCGGUCCGUUUCUCGAGAGAUGAGGACCAAGUACAAUGAGCGUGCACGACGAAUUCUAGCGGGUGGCAGACUUAGCAAAUGUGAACGGAUAUUUGCCGAAAGAAAGAGGAUCGAGAUGAUCGACCCCAAUAAGAGCAGUAGCGAGUCUGAAAGCGAUCAAGAUGCAGACGAUGACUUUGUCAUUGAAGUCCGACGUAGCGGAGCUUCAUACCGAAGACGACGAUGA